CCCGCAUCUGCGGCAGUCCCUCCAUCCGUGAAGCAUCAAAAAAACACCAAAGCCCAAUCGUUGCUCGACGCCCACCACGCUCCUGCCAUCGCUUCGCGUGCACAUCCUCAUCGUCACGCCCGCUUGUCAUGGUUUCUUGUUGACGAGCUCGGCCCUCCUCCUCCUUCUCCUUCUCUCCUCCUCCCCUCCUCCCCUCUCUCUCCACAGUGCCACCGACGAUAGAGCGCCGCCUCCAAAUCUCCGCCCUCCCUCUCAGCUUCUCUUCUCCCUCCUAACUUCCCCCCAACAAGCGACGGCCUAGACUCGUGGCCCGACGAAAGGGACGCCAUGAUGGACGACUUCGUGAGCGAGUCGGACAGCGACUACACGAGCUACUGGCGCGACUGGGUGAGUGCGCAAAUCUCCGCGCCCGAGCGGGCGGCGGCAAUACUGACGGGUGGGUGGCGCGCGCAGUUCAUAUCGGCGCGCGGCAACGAGUACUUUUGCGAGAUCGACGAGGACUACAUCACGGACCGCUUCAACCUGACGGGCCUCAACACCGAGGUGCAGUACUACCAGUACGCGCUCGACCUGGUGACGGACGUGUUCGACCUCGACUGCGACGACGAGAUGCGCGAGACGAUUGAGAAGUCGGCGAGGCACCUCUACGGCCUGGUGCACGCGCGUUAUAUUGUCACAACCCGCGGGCUGACCAAGAUGCUCGACAAGUACAAAAAGGCCGAGUUCGGCAAGUGCCCGCGCGUCAACUGCCACUCGCACCCCCUCCUGCCCAUGGGCCUCUCCGACAUCCCCAACGUCAAGCCCGUCAAACUCUACUGCGCGCGCUGCGAGGACAUGUACAACCCCAAGUCAUCGCGCCACGCCUCCAUCGACGGCGCCUACUUCGGCACUUCGUUCCACAACAUCAUCUUCCAGGUCUACCCGGCCCUCAUCCCCCAGAAGAGCGCCGAGCGCUACGUGCCCCGCGUCUACGGCUUCAAGGUCCACGCCGCCGCCGCCCUCGUCCGCUGGCAAAACGCCCGCCGCGACGACAUGCGCCGCCGCCUCCGCCGCCUCGAGAUCGAGACGGGCUUCCGCAACGAGAGCGGUGCCGAGGACGACGACGAGGACGACGUCGACGACGAUGUCGAUGUCGAGUUUGAGGGCGUCGACGGGGGAGGCGGCGCCGGCGGUGGCGGUGGUGGUAGAGUCGCCGCGGCCCCGCCCGCCGAGGCCCAGCAGCUGUGAGCGACGACGUCCCUUUCGCCGUGUGCGAUAUCGGUCAGGUGGGGGGAAAGUGUGUCGUUGCUGUCGUUGUUGUUGUCAUUUUCGGGGGGAGCGGACUGCCGGAGCGAGAUAGAAAGAAGCCGUGGUCGUGCCUUUUGUCCCUUUCUCCUUCUCUUUUUACUCUUUUCUUUUUUUUGCUGUCAUGCAUCUAUCUGAUGGACAAUCGGAUGCCUUUACAAAGGGGGUUGGGCCGGCGUUGGGAAAGAACGAGAGAGAGAGAGAGAGAGAGA